CUCACCACACCUCCAUCCCUUCCAUCGACUCCUUCAUCUUCUCCAAGUGGCAAUAGUUUGACUUCAGGUGUUCCUCAGACAACAUCGCACUCAGCUCCACAGAGCGACAACACUCAGAGCACGGCCACCACCAAACAACCAUCAGCCAGCACCAUCACAGAAAUGAGCACAUCAACUUCUUCAUCUUCUCCAAGAGGCAAUAAUUUGACUUCAGGUGUUUCUCAGGAAACAUCGCACUCAGGAACUGUGCCAGCACCAAGUUCGCCAGACACCACAGUGGAAACAACGAAGGAUGUGGCAUCCUUUGGAACUCCAACUCCUACUAAAGUCACCUCAGAAUCUCCACAGACAACUGAAGUAGGUGGACAAACAGCAGGGCCCUCUUUGAGCACCUCCACUGAGGAAACAGCAGCAUCUCCACAGAGUGACCACACUGAGAGCACGGCCACCACCAAACAACAACAAGCCAGCACCAUCACAGAAAUGAGCACAUUGACUCCUUCAUCUUCGCCAAGUGGCAAUAGUUUGACUUCAGGUGUUCCUCAGACAACAUCGCACUCAAGUGAGACAACAACUUCAUCCGAUUCUAGUGUCAGCAGCACACCACUGACAACCUCAGGAACUGUGCCAGCACCAAGCUCGCCAGACACAACCGUGGGAACAACGAAGGAUGUGGAAGCCUCUGGAACUACAACUCCUACUGAAGUCACCUCACAAUCUCCACAGACAACUGAAGUAGGUGAACCAGAAACAACUCCCUCUUUGAGCACUUCACCUCAGGAAACAUCAGCAUCUCCACAGAGCGACCAUACUGAAAGCACGGCCACCACCAAACAACAACAAACCAGCACCAUCACAGAAAUGAGCACAUUGACUCCUUCAUCUUCGCCAAGUGGCAAUAUUUUGACUUCAGGGGUUCCUCAGGCAACGUCGCACUCAGGUGAGACAGCAACUUCAUCCCAUUCUAGUGUGAGUAGCAAAGCUCUGACAACCUCAGGAGCUGUGCCAGCACCAAGAACAAUCACAUCUUCACUGAUGACAGACAGUCAGAAAAGCACAGCAACAUCACUACUCUCAACAACUAUCCAGAGCCUUACAACCUCAACUCCCAGCACACGCCCAACAACUACCCCAGUCCCUAUGAAGCCUGAGAAAGGUGUUUCCCUCUUCCCCUAUGGGCCACAUGUUCAAGACCAGAAGUUUGUGAGGAGGAGGGUGGACUUCACCUCGCCGCUCUUCAAGCCCCAGAUUGGCUUCCCUUUUGGCUCCACUCUCCGAAAUUUCCUCUACUUCACAGAUAAUGGUCAGAUCAUUUUCCCGGAGUCAGAGAACCAGAUUUUCUCCCACCCCCACCCUCCUCCUGGAGGCUUCACAGGCAGGGACCGUCUGGCUGUGGUGGCUCCAUUCUGGGAUGAUGCUGAUUUCUCCAGCGGCCAGGGGACCAUAUUUUACCAGGAAUAUGAGACUCUCUACGAUGACAACAAACCACUUGUAGUCCAGCAGGUGGAGUCUUGGAUUGAAAACUUUACAAACACCUGGAACUACAAAGCCAGGUGGACCCUAAAGGUCACAUGGGUCAAUGCCCCUGCCUAUCCUGCCCAGCGGACCUCCGGGACCAACACCUACCAGGCCAUCCUCUCCACAGAUGGGAGCAGAUCCUUCGCCCUGUUUCUCUACCAAAAUGGUGGGAUGCAGUGGGAUGUGACCCAGCACCCAGGCAACUGGGUCCUCAUGGGCUUCUCCAGUGGAGAUGGGCAUUAUGAAAACAGCCCGCUAACAUCUCAGCCAGUGUGGCAGAAAUAUCGUCCGGACCUAUUCCCGAAUUCCAACUCAGGCCUCAGGGGGCUGCAGGUCUAUCAGCUGCACAAAGAAGAAAGACCCAACUACCGUCUCAGGUGCCUGCAGUGGUUGAGACAGUCUCAGUGGCCCAGCUGGGACUGGAACCACAUCUCCUGCCCUUGCUCCUGGAGGCAGGGAGUAUGGGACUUACGAUUCCAGCCCAUCCACAUAGGCUGGUGGGACCUCGGCAGCAGGCAUCUGUGCAGCUUCACUUCCUGGCGCGGGGGCGUGUGUUGCAGCUACGGGCCAUGGGGAGAGCUUCUGCGAGGCUGGAGAGUGCAGAGCCCUUGGCAGUUUGAGCAAGAACUGGAGUCGCAGGACUGGUGCUGCCGCUGGAACGACCAGCCCUCCUUCUGCACCCUGUACCAACAAAGGCGGCCCCGCAUCAGCUGUGCUGGGUACCAGCCCCCAAGGCCUGCCUGGAUGUUCGGGGACCCCCACAUCACCACCUUAGAUGAUGCCAGUUACACCUUCAAUGGGCUGGGGGACUUCCUGCUGGUCAGGGCCAGAGACGGAAACUCCUCCUUCCUGCUGCAGGGCCGCACUGCCCAGACCGGCUCUGCCCAAGCCACCAACUUCAUUGCGUUUGCCGCUCAAUACAACUCCAGCAGACUGGACCCCAUCAUCGUUCAGUGGCUCCUUGAGCCCAAUGACACAAUCCAUGUGCGGCUCAAUAACCAGACUGUGGCAUUUAAAGACCAGGAAACCUUCAACACCACUGGAGUCAUAAUGACCCGCAAUGGCUCCCUGGUGUCAGCCAGCUUAGAUGGCACAGUGAUCGUCUCAGUGACAGCUCUCUCCAACAUCCUCCAUGCUUCCUGCAGCCUCCCAGAGGAGUACCGAGACCACACAGAGGGCCUCCUGGGGGUCUGGAACAAUAAUCCAGAAGAUGACUUCAAGAUGCCCAAUGGCACCACCAUACCCCAACAGAGCAAUGAAGAGAUGCUUUUUCACUAUGGAAUGACCUGGAAAAUCAACGGAACAAGCCUCCUUGGCAAGAGGGAUGACCUUCUGCCUUCCAACUUCACCCCUGUCUUCCUUUCCCAACUGUGGCAAAACAACUCCUUGGAUAACAAUUCAACCUCCAAGUGUAAUGGAGAUAGACAAUGCAUCUAUGACACCCUGGCCACAGGAAACACAAAGACUGGACUGGACACUAGUACGAUCUUCAGAAGAUACCAGCAGAUGAACGACACCCUCAAUCAGUACCCACCUUCUAUUGACGGUCCCCAAAUGGUGCAAGCCUACAAGGGGAAGACCACGCUGAUUCAAUUCAAAGGCAGCUCUAAGGACGUCACAUUCACACUCAGAAACAACUCCACUAAGGAAUUCAAGCUUUUUGAGAAUGGGACACUACUCUGGACACCAAACUCGCUGGAACCAUUCACUCUGGAGAUUCUUGCAAGAAACGUCAAGGACAACUUAUCAUCUCUACUCCAGCCAAAGACCGUGGUCUGUGCUUGCAAGGGAGAGGAACAGUGUUUAUACAACCAGACCAGAUGGGUGGGCAAUUCCUCCCUGGAGGUGGCCAGCUGCAAGUGUGACAACACCACCUUCGGCCAGUACUGCGAGCGUUCCAAGGACCCCUGUGACGAGCAGUGCUUCCCGAAUGUGAAGUGCAUUCCUGGGCAGGGCUGCGAUCCUUGCCCCCCGAAUCUAGUUGGGGAUGGGCGUCACUGUACAGGUCUGGAGGACUCUGAAGACUGUCAGAACAAGUCUUGCCCUGUGAAUUACUGCUACAACCACGGCCACUGCUACAUCUCCCAGACUCUGGGCUGCCAGCCCACCUGCACUUGCCCCCCAGCCUUCACAGACAACCGUUGCUUCCUGGCUGGGAACAACUUCACUCCAACUAUCAAACAAGCGUUCCCUUUAAGAACAAUCCAGCUCAUUCUCAGCGAAGAAGAAAACGCCACUGAAGCAGAGGUCAACGCUUCGGUGGCCUACAGGCUGGAGUACCUGGAUGUGCGGGCCUUUCUCAGGAAUAGCAGAGUGCAGAAAAUCAGCGGUCCAGCAGGAAGAAGCUCCCUGCAACAAUGGAGCAUCAUCUCGGAGUUCCAGUACCGCCCUCGGGGUCCCAUCAUCCACUUCCUGAACACCCGGCUGCUGGACGCAGUGGUGGAGGCAUUUUUACUGCAGGCCCCGCAGGGGAGAUGGAAGCAAAGCGAGGAGCCCAGGAACGACGUGGUCUUCCACCCUAUCUCCAGGAGAGACGUGCACAGUUUGGCAGCUUUCAACGUGGACACGCUGCAGACUCACUUAAAGUGCAAUGGCUACCAGGGCUACCAACUGGUCUACAGCCCGCAGGGCGGCUUCACUUGUGUGUCCCCUUGCAGUGAGGGCUACUGUGAGCACGGAGGCCAGUGUCAGCACUGGCCGGAUGGGCCCCGCUGCAGCUGUAGGCCCUUCUCCAUCUACACGCCCUGGGGCGAGCACUGUGAGCAUCUGAGCAUGAAACUCGGCGCCUUCUUCGGGAUUCUCUUUGGGGCCCUGGGCGCCCUCCUGCUGCUCGGGGCCGUGGUAUUUGCGGUCCAUCGCUUCUGGUGCACCAGGACACGGUACUCCUACCCCCUGGACUCAGAAAGCUGA